CCAAGUUUGAAUGACAUUCCUGAUCCUGUCAAAACACACAUAUACACACAUAAAAAAAAAAUGAAAUCUGAUCCCACCGAAAAGAUCUUAAUCGAGGGAGACGCGAUCCAAAUCAAACGAACCAACGGAACCCUACAAACCGCCAUAGUUUCCUCUAUAGAUUACGAAUCAUGUUGCGUAAAAGUCGAGUGGCUCGACCAGCAAGAGACCAAAGGAAAAGAAAUACAUUUCAGUAACGUGACGUUACUGAAUCCCGGAUUCGUACUGGUUAAGCCUGUUAAUAAUAGUGAGAGUAUCGACGAGGAAGUGAACCCCAGAAGGAACACCAGGGCGCAGACCGCUAGGGUGGCCGCAAGUCAAAAGUCCAGCGAUCAGAAUAUGAGUGUGUGCCUGACUAGCGAAAAGUUUCAAGUCAGAGGACGGGGCUGUUAUACCACUAGGGCGACCAAGUCUGUCAUUGAAACUGUCUCGAAGAGUAAAGAGGGCGGCGGCUUGAAGAAGGCUAAUAAAAUCGAACAAGACAGGAAUGCCCGAAGAAAAAAGCAAGCCCAAGUACUGGCAGAACGUCAAGACUUCCUCAAAAAAAACGUAAACAACCCGCACUGGCAACUGUUGGGGAUGAUCGAAGACUUCCGAAAACAAAUCGAGUUUAAACCCUUAAACAACCAUGACGCCAUCGAGGACCACUUGAUUACUGUUGCAGUACGAAAACGGCCCCUGAACGACAUAGAACUUAGCAAAAAAGAAAUCGACAUUAUCACCAUACCCAGUAAAAAUCAAUUGUUCGUGCACGAGCCCAAACUAAAAGUCGAUUUGACCAAAUACCUUGAAAACCACAUUUUUAAAUUCGACUAUGCUCUGAACGAGAAUUGCACCAACGAAGUCGUGUAUAAAUACACCGCUCAGCCGUUGAUAAGGACGGUGUUCAACGGUGGUUUUGCCACUUGUUUCGCUUAUGGCCAGACCGGCUCUGGGAAAACUUACACCAUGAGCGGCCGCUACGAAUCUAAAUCGGACAAGGGCAUUUAUGCCCUGACAGCCAACGAUAUCUUCAAAAACGUAAAUGCCCCUAAAUAUCGACACCAUAACUUUAUAGUGUCGUGUAGCUUCUUCGAAAUUUACACCAAAAAAGUCUACGAUUUACUCAAUAGAAAAAAACAGUUGAGGAUCCUUGAGGAUGGUCAACGCGAGGUGCAAGUGGUCGGUUUAACCGAGAAACUCGUGGCCUCAGUUAAUGACGUUCUAGAGCUAAUAUUCGAGGGUAAUGAGGCGAGAGCUUCCGGUAAAACUUCUGUGAACGCCCAAUCGUCUAGAUCCCACGCGAUAUUUCAGUUCUACCUCAGAAGUCAAGUGAACCCCAAAGUGGUUUAUGGCAAAUUCAGUCUGAUAGAUUUGGCGGGUAACGAGCGUGGGGCUGACACUUUUUCCUCCUCGAAAAUAACGAGACAAGAAGGUUCUGAGAUUAACACAAGUCUUUUGUCAUUAAAGGAAUGCAUAAGAGCCUUAGGGAGAAAAGGAGCGCAUCUUCCAUUCAGAGGGUCAAAACUCACACAAGUCUUAAGAGAUUCCUUUGUGGGUGCUAACAGUAAGACUUGUAUGAUCGCCAUGAUUUCCCCAGGGGUGUCUUCGUGCGAAAACACCCUUAAUACAUUAAGGUACGCGGAUAGGGUAAAGGAGUUGGGUGGUGGGGACAUUUCCUCACAAAGAGUUGAACAAAGCAGGGAAGUUACCGCACCUUUGGAGACAACUAUACAAACUCAAACUCCAGAUGUGAUAGGGUUGGCUCAGGAUGAAAAUUUGGUGCGACAAAACUUAGAAUUGGUGAAAUCUCUGCAAAAGUAUUACAACCAAGCAGAGGGACUGUUGAAUGUCAUGGAUAGAGACUUGGAGACUUAUUAUGUUAAUUUGAAUAUUGUUGUCACAGAUGCUAUUACUUCUUUAACAAAAAUUAGAAAUCUAUUAAAUUAUUUUGGUGUUUUAACCCUUUAUUUUGUUUUGGCCCCAGAUAUCAUAGAAUGUUUGAUGUUUUUCCCUUACCUAUUACUCGGAAGCCACUUUAAAUAUUUUCAUUUUUUUUGCAUUAAUAUGAAAAUUAAUUUAAGGGUAAAACAUGAUUAAGGAUAUAGGUUAAGG